UUUUUGGAUAUGCCAUCAGCGGCAGCAGCGCCCGAAGUACCGCGAGAGAGAGAGAGGCAUCGAAAGCUGGUCGGUCGCUAAAUGCCGUCGAUGGCCGCCGCCGCCGCCGCCUCCACCUACUCCCUUUCCUUUGCCCCUCGCCCCCUCUUUUCACCCGCCCCGCCCAAACCCGUCAACACCGUUUCCCUUGCUCUCUCGCGAACCCAAAACCCUAGCGGAAGAUUCACUUCAGCGCCCAUAGCCCUCUUCGCUUCCCAACUUCCCCGGAGAUCCUUCAGGGCAGCUCAAAAGGUCGCGGAAACAGAUCCAAAAGCAAUAAACGGGGAUGAGGAGAACCAGAUCCCAGAGAAUAAAUCAGAAGAAAAGGUAGAUAAAAAGGAUACACCUGCUAUGAAGAUGCUAAUUCAAGCUUACAAGAAGGCUAUUCUAGAUGGAGAUGAAAACAGUGUUUGUGAAAUGGAGGUGGUACUUUGUGCUGCUGAGAAUGAGAAGAAUGAUUUAUCUGUGAAAUUUACAGAAAUAACAGCAGAAAUAGCUUCUGGGAAGGAUAGACUUCUCCGCUUGAAAGCCGAUUUUGAGAAUCUUAGAAAGCAAUCUGAGAAGUACCGUCUUAAUUUUACAUCGGAUAUUCAAGAGGAAGUAGUUCAGAGCUUGUUGCCCAUGGUUGACAGUUUUGAGAAUGCCAAGCAGAAGAUAAAGCCAGAAACAGACAAGGAGAAGAAAAUCGACACAAGCUAUCAGGGUAUAUACAAGCAGUUUGUGGAGAUCAUGAGAAGCCUUCAUGUAUCAGUAGUAGAGACAGUUGGCAAGCCAUUUGAUCCUGCAAUUCAUGAGGCUGUUGCACGAGAAGAGUCUCCACAGUUUAAGGCGGGCAUUGUUUCACAAGAAAUUCGUCGUGGGUUUUUUCUAGGUGAUCGGCUUCUAAGGCCAGCUCAGGUCAAAGUCUCCACAGGCUCUGGUGUAGUGAAAGCAGAUUCAGCUACUGAAGAUUCCAUGGAGCAACUGGAAGAGGCUUCUGAACCUGCAGAAGAUUCUACACAUACAUCCAGCAACAGCUAGUUCAAUAAUGGGUUCAAAUUCCACCUCCAUUUUGGGUAUCAUAUGUUCUUGAGUGAGGCUUUUGAUUUCAAAAUCAAAGCAUUGCUGGGCUGCAAAUUGGCUUUGGACUGUUAUUUUUCUACCCAAAUCAGUCCCCCACAAAAGUUUUGUUCAAGAAACCAACGACCAUAUCAAAAUAUUUUCUUCAGAUCUCCGAACGAGAAAUGAGAAUCAAUUUUCUUUUUGGUGCUUAUAUUGGAAUCAUUGGAUUUUAAUUCACUUUUAGCUGUGAAAUAAGAGUCCACAUAGAGUUUCAUGU